AUGAUGGACGCAAAUAUCAACCACGUCUCCGACCCGGCAGCGGAUACUGCCCUAGACCCCAUCGCCUUAGCAGCCCGUGGAAAUGAAAUCUCAGGACUAGACAUAUUCCAAGCCACGACAGAAGACAUCUCAAUCACCAGAGCUCAAACUCUUCUUGCUGAAAUGAACGCCGACGUGCCCCACGGCGGCACCGACAUGACCUACGGAGACAAAGAAUCACAACACCUCCGCUUCUGGAAGUCCGAGACUCCCAAAGCCCCAAUCAUCAUAUACGUCCACGGCGGAAGCUGGCGAUCCGGAACAAACCUAGACUCAAUCGGCUCACUCAAAGUGACCCAUCUCGUCUCUCUUGGCUAUUCUUUCGCUUCAGUCAGCUUCUCACUUGUGCCCUCCGUCACCGUCAAAGAACAGGUACAAGAGGUAGCCGAGUCAGUAGCCUACCUUUCUCGAAACGCCAAUAGCCUUAAUAUCGAUCCCGACCGCGUCAUCCUGAUGGGCCACAGCUCUGGCGCACACGUCGUCACUUUACUAGGCACUGAUUCGAACUACCUGGCGAGUGUGAAUAUCAGCAUUCACACGGUGCGUGCAGUGAUUGCAAUCGAUGGCUCAAACUACAAUGCCCCCGCCGAGAUCAGCGAUAGUCCUGGACCGGUGUCUGAAAACCUGAUUGGUGCACUCGGGUCUGAUCCAAGACGACUGGCGGACAUGUCGCCUUCACAUCAUGCUCGUGCACCUAAUGCGGGUGCGUUCUUACUUCUCCACGUUCAGCGGAGGGGUGAUAUUCGUCAAGCGGUUGAGCUGGAUCUGGUUCUGAAGGCAUCAGGUACUGAUUCCGAGCUUCAUGUAUUUGAGGGAGAGUGGUUUGAGGGCCAUGUGCAAAUGCUUCUUCGAAUUGGGGAUCCUGAGUAUCCUGCCACUUUGGUAAUGGAUAAGUGGCUGGAAAAGCAUGUUCCGGUCACUUGGAAGUGA